AUGUCGGUCGGAGAGAGUAUCAUAGCUGUCUCAAAGGCGCUGGAAUUGACUCGAUACAGCCACAACGAUGAGACCUUGUCGCGUUCCUUUUCGCUCCGAUUCAGCGACUUCAGCACAGAGGACGAAAUGAAAUUUGUCGGCGCAACUCUGCGAAAGAAUCAUCAAAUCGAGUGGCUCCUUGUUGAUUUGUGUGGCAAGUCGGUACGUGAAGAAUGUCUGGAGGGUCUCUCUCAUUUCAUCUCGAACGCACCGUCUCUGCGCAGUCUUCAUCUCGAUGACUCGGAGGACGGAUCUUCCAACGUCGGGCAUCUCCUCAUGCAAGCAGCCUCGAAGAAUAAGCACAUUCGAAAGAUCGACGUCUCUCGAAGCGUACUGAAAGCAGUGGUAGCUCGAGGAGAUCUACCGCUGCCUCUCUUUUCAUUGCAAGAACUCCAGCUUCAUUGCGUUCGCGGUCUCUCCAAGGCUUUUCCCGAGAGUCACGGCAUUCCGAACAUACGAUUGAAGUCCACGAGCGAGCAUCAUUCGAAGAGCGUAUCCAAUGUGUUGCAAAGACUUGCGAAAUCAAAGGGUACUCAAGUUGUUGAGUGCCUCGAAAUGGCCACCUGGAGUCCCCAAAUGUCCUCCUUUCUGCAGUCACCGAAUUGCAAGCUUCAAACUCUGCACAUGCGCGGCAUCGACUUUGCUCACUCCAACGGUUGGUAUUCCUCGAUGGAUGGCUUGCUGUGGGGUCUAGCUGGAAGCCAAUCGAUAAAGCUUGUCUUGCAAGAAUGUACACUGGAUGAACUGGCCAAGAAAAAGCUCUUCCAAGGUUUGCGGUCGAACCUUCUCGGCAUUCGAGAUUUGAACUUCAUCACUGCUGAGGGCUUUGCCGGUAAAGAUUUCGAGCGUCUACUGGGAUGUGAAAGUCUUGAAUCGCUCGGAUUUGAAUGCCACAUUAACAGCUGGGACGACUGCUACCUUGUGGAUCCGAAAAAAGAGUAUGUUGAAAGGGGUAUUGAAAGCUGUUCCCUGUCCUCUUUGAAGCUCUCCACGGAUUGCUUGGCAUUCUUCGGACCUGCUUUGAUGGCGGCCUGCACCUCCAAAUCAUUGAAGUGCUUGACACUGACAAACUGCAGCUUUCGGGACGAGGACACCGCCUGCCUUUGCAGUAUUCUAGAGGCGGAAGGUUGCAAGCUUUGCGAGCUUACCAUAUCCGCGUAUACGUGCGGCGAAGACGACGGAGACGACGUCUUGGUAUCCUCGUUGUUCGAAGCGCUCUGUCGAAACGCCAAACUGCACACCCUAAAAAUCCAAGAUGAUAACCUUGGCGCUGAAAUACCAGACACAGUCUCGACAUUUGUGGGCAACAUCGGCGAGAAUUUGGUUUCGCUCGAGAUCUCGCUGCUGGAAGAGUUGUUACCAUGCGAGGAGGAUGCCAUUGCGGAAGCCCUUCCAGACAACUGGUACUUGCAGAAUCUGAAAAUCCAAGGCACGGACAAUGCACUGCUGGGAGUGGAAAAUAGGAACGGCAAGCCGGUCACAACACACUCACUGAACACCAAGUUGGAGAUGUUCACGCGCCGCAAUCAAGUGAAGAAGGCCAUCUUCGACAGUCCAAUGGCCUUCACCGAGGCAGAAAAGAAGGAAUGGUUGGAAACCUUGGCGUCAGCUUCUGAGCUUCCCGACUAUUUGACUUUGGCAUUUCUUCUGUUCCAGAUGAGGACCGGAUGUUUCUUCUAA